AAUCAGAAACCUAAAUUGAAGAAGGAAAAGAUGUUGGGAAUUGUAAGGCAAAAGAUGUUGGAACAGUCAUUGAAGAAGAUUCGACCUGCCGUGUCGGUGCUGAGAAGUUACUCAUCUGCUGCAAAACAGAUGACUGUAAGAGAGGCAUUAAACUCUGCUCUCGAUGAGGAGAUGUCAGCUGAUUCGAAAGUCUUUUUGAUGGGUGAAGAGGUCGGAGAAUAUCAGGGUGCAUACAAGAUAACCAAGGGGCUUCUCGAUAAGUACGGACCCGAGAGGGUUCUUGAUACUCCGAUUACUGAGGCUGGUUUUACCGGAAUUGCGGUUGGUGCUGCUUACUAUGGUGUAAAGCCUGUUGUGGAGUUCAUGACAUUUAACUUCUCCAUGCAGGCAAUCGACCACAUUAUUAACUCUGCCGCAAAGACAAAUUACAUGUCUUCUGGCCGGAUAUCCGUACCCAUUGUUUUUAGAGGUCCUAAUGGUGCUGCAGCCGGUGUCGGUGCCCAACACUCUCAGUGUUAUGCCGCAUGGUACGCUUCUUGUCCUGGGUUGAAAGUGCUGGCACCGUACAGUUCUGAAGAUGCUCGUGGACUUCUCAAAGCUGGUAUUAGAGAUCCUGACCCGGUUGUUUUCCUUGAGAAUGAGUUGUUAUACGGUGAAUCCUUCCCUGUUUCUGAUGAAGUUCUCGAUUCCAGUUUUUGUCUUCCAAUUGGAAAAGCUAAGAUAGAGAGGAAAGGAAAGGAUGUGACCAUUGCAGCUUAUUCAAAAAUGGUGGGCUAUGCUCUUAAGGCAGCCGAGACGCUUGAAAAGGAUGGAAUCGAUGCUGAGGUUAUAAAUUUACGUUCCAUUAGGCCACUAGAUAGAUCCACGAUCAAUGCCUCGGUCAGGAAAACCAACAGAUUAGUAACAGUUGAAGAAGCGUUUCCACAGCACGGUGUCGGUGCUGAAAUCUGCGCAUCUAUUGUGGAGGAAAGUUUUGCAUAUCUCGAUGCACCGGUUGAGAGAAUCGCCGGAGCUGAUGUUCCUAUGCCAUAUGCAGCAAAUCUCGAGAGAAUGGCUGUGCCACAGGUCGAAGAUAUAGUCCGUGCUGCAAAGAGAACUUGCUAUAGAUCGGUAUCGUAGGCUGCUGCUCCAUAAUCAAAACCAGUCCAGGCAGCUUUCUUUUCCUAAUACAUGAAUCAAGAGAGAUCGAUUCUCAACACUGUGGGGGGGAGGAGCUGAUUUCUCAAGCCAAGAUUUAUGUUUUGUAGCAUAAGGUAAUAGAAUUAAUACGUCUAUAACAUGAAAGUUAUCAUGUCUUGAAAUAAGGUUUACUGUGCGAAAGGAACUAAUGUUGUAAUGAGCUCAUAAAUGGCAAACCAACGGGCUCGGCUGGGUUCAGAUUGGAUUGUUUUGAAACUCCAUAUAUUGGUGUUCAAUUUCGGGUUUAGAUUAUUUCAUAUUUAAAUAUUUAGGGGAUUAAGAUAUAUGGAUUUCAGACUAUGUCGAUUUUUUACCAUCUUUGAUUCAGAUUUUUUUCAA